UGGUUCGGCGAAUGGCACGCAACAAGAUCUCUCCGGAAAGGAAGAUUGCCAAUUUUGAUGCUUGCUGCGGAGGAUUUUAGCGAUGGUGGUGGACUUUGCAGUUCCUCUAUUCCUCGCCAGCUACUCAAUGUAGCAUAGCUACUCGGGCAUUCGUGAAUUGCCGUAAUCGUACGCUAAGUUCAUAACAACGGAGCAGAGUCGCGUAGGAGUCCCGCGUGAAUGUGAUCUCGUCUUCCUCUUGCAAGUUAUCCGGAGUAGGAAAGAAUUUUUAAGGUGAGUGGAUUUGUGCCGUAGACUAAAAUUUUGUGAUCCGAGGAAGAGUAAGCUGCGGGAAGCUGAGUGGUACGAUAGAGAGUGAGGAACGGGAUUGUUGGUUGAGUUCCAUGGGUUGUUGGACUGCGUUGAAGGGCGAGCGGAGAUAUGUGAGGUUUGUCAUCAAGAGACCUGUGUAUGGAGCUCUUCCUGACGAGGUUACCUCAUUUUCGACGAGAUCUGAUGCGCCUUACAAGAAUGCGGCAAAGGAGUAUUUUGUGCACAGAUCUUAAUUAGACCCCGAUCGACGUUAGAUUAAAUCCUUCUUAAAUGCAUUCGCUAUAGGGAUCACACUGCUGUGGCAGUUGAUUUCCACUUGGUAGGGAAGAGGGGUAAGGCAUUUGUGUCUAGAUCUGCGUAUGUGUAGUGCUUUUUUUCCGUUCUGUCUUCCUGCUCCUAAUUUAAUUUUUAAUUAAUGUUAUUUUAAAACUUAAUUUUCUCAACAUUAUAAAGUAUCAAAUAAUUUUUUAUGAUAUUAUUCGAAAAAUCUCCUUCAGCGUGGCGGCAGAUGUUCGAAAGAACUCCCUGUGGUGUCCAAGAUACUUUAUUGCGUCAUUAAAUAAGUUCAGUUACCUUCUCUCGCAGGCUCCUCGGAUCAUCUAUGUAAAUAUACGAAGGCAUGUAAAUUUCAAGUAGUUCACAAAUUUGUAGACCCUAUCUGGUGAGUAGAAAUACUCAUGCCGAACAGCCAUACGCAAGAAUAAAUAAGCCAUUACAGUCCUUUAAACAUCCAUACAUAGCGUUGAAACAGUCUUGUUCUCCGGACAACAUGGAUAUCACAAGGAAUAUCAGAAGCACCCAGCACAUAUCCUGGGCGUGGAGUCCUGUGGAUGUUCGACCAGAUAUAGGUGAAAAGAGAAGAACGCGGUCGGGUUUGCGAGUCGAAGGCGGUGAAGAAGAGCUUAUCUGUCCCCAACCGAGGCGGCCUACCAGUGUAAAUAUUCCAGGUGGCGAGUUCAUGAAGCCCACUCGACGUCACAAAAGUAAGUCUUCAGCUCGUGUAGAAAGCGUGGCUUGUUUUGAGUUACUUGACAUCUUCCUUAACAAAGGUGGGUAUAGAGACGUUCCCAACUUCGGUUGCUCUCCUCCAAAUUUUUGUGGCUCUCCUCCCGCUCGAGCCGGCAAUCCCCUGAUUCAUGAUUCCAAGUUUUUACAGCAGAGAAAUUCAAAUUUAUCUCAGCAACUGAGUUCAUGCGGACCCUCCCCCUAUGGUACCUCCACACAUGGAACUGCCUCUUAUGAUGCAAAGCCAGUUGUUAGGAUAGAAGGAUUUGGGUCCUUCAGUUCGGACCUGUCUUCUCAAGUCUCGGCGCUCGCAUAAUUCUCCCCCAUUUGUGCGUAUCUGAUGAGCAAGAAUGUAUAUUGGAGUGAAAUAAGUUCCAGCUUGUAAUUGACAUGCCACGAUUAUUUUCGGCGAGAAGAUUUUAACGGAAUUGCGGAUAGACAAGAGAACACAAAGUGCUGCAGAGUAGGUACUUUUAUUAUGCAAGGGUAGUACAUUGGUUUUCUGAGGUUUCUAGACCUUCCAGUGUAGACGUUGCCCGGUAUAACUGACAGUCUAGUUGGCUUGUGAAUGGUAAACGUUGAGUGUUUCAUUUCCUAGUUGUACACUAAAAAAAGUAGUCGAUGAUAGGUUGUUAAAUCAAUUCGGAUCUCUUCAGGAUGCGGCAGUUAGGCAAAUAUCCCAACAUAUGCCUCAUUAGCACAUUUAACAAAGUCUGGAUUUUCCGUGAGGAUCCAGCUUUUAGAUUUCAGGGGUUUUGGUAUUUUAAAUUCAGUUUAGCUUGACGGCCUUUAGUCUGUACAGAUAUGAUAUGAAUCACACUUGCAUUGUUAGUUUUCACAUUCGACUCUCUUAUUUUGUAAUCUAUCCUGCGUUCAUUCCGUUUCGUAAUUGAAUAUUGCCCUUCUGCCUGUA